AUGAGUGAUUUCAAAAGAUAUGGAAGUAGUGUAGGAGCUAACUCUGCUUCAGGAAAAACAACAUCCGAUGCUCAUCUUUAUGUUUCAACAACUGGACCCUCUGCAAUCACUGUCGACAAACAUCACCAUAAACAUAAAGAACAUAAACACAAGCAUAAAGAACAUAAAGAGCAUAAGGAACAUAAAGUGCACAAAGAACACAAGGAACAUAAGCACAAAGAAAAACCAGGUUUCUUUGAUAAAUUGCUUGAUGGUAUCAGAGAGAAUCCAAAACCAAAAACAAUAGAACAACAAGUUGAUGGAUCUCAUCAUCAUCAUCAUACAACACAUUCUCAUCCACAUACAGUAACAACACAUAGUACUCAUCACCAUACAACACAUUCUCAUCAUCAUCAUCAUCCAUCGUCGUCAUCCACCAAGAUUGCGACACAUGAUACUGGUUUCCGAAAAACUGGAAGUUCUGUUGGACCUGGAUGCGAACCAAAACCAGUCACCAAAGUUGUUGUUACACAUCACCAUGUAUCUGUAUCACCUUCCCACUCUAACUUUUGUUCUAAUUGUGGUACAAAAGUUCCUAGUGUUCAAUCGAAUUUCUGUGUACAAUGUGGUCGUCGUGUUUAG